AUGACGACUAAAUGCACUUCUUGUGGUGGACCGAUUCCAUCUUCAUCGAGUAUUUAUAAAUGUCGUCAAUGCGUUAAUCAUUUUGUUUGCCAAUUGUGUAAGACAAAGGACCAUAAUCAAGCAAGUACUGCUUUUCAUACGCUUGAUAAAAUGGUCGUACCAAAUGCUGAGCCAACAACUGCUGCUAGUGGUACAUCAUCAAAAUUAACUGAUGAUUCACGACGAAGUCAAACAGAAACAUCUUCAAAGUCGUCAUCAAUAUUCAAUAGUGAUGCAUAUCUAUACGGCGUACUAGGUUUUUGUUCUCAUUGUAACUGUGUGGUCGCUAUGGAUAAAGAACCAAGUUUUCAAUGUCAGCAAUGCCCAAAUAGUUCUUUUGGUGUUUGUGCUCGAUGUAUGCCUUUGAUGACCACACAGCAUCCUCCAGUGCAUACAUUUUCAAAGCAGCCUUCCAGCUAUUGGGCAAAGAUAGCACAUGAUAUGUACCAUCUUGAUAUUACAUGCGACGGUUGUUCAAAACAAACAUUUAAUGGAAAACGUUAUCAAUGUGAAGAAUGUUCACCGAGUUAUGAUCUCUGUGAAAACUGUUUUGGAGAGAAACAUACAGAGCAUAAAUUGAAAUAUAUAAAAAAUCCUUUAUUACAUUCUAUUAAUCAAGAAACUCUAGGAAAAAGAACGUUGAUAUCUGCCGACAGAAAUGGUGGGAGCAAUACUAAUUGGCGCGAUCCAUUAACAGGUUGGACGAAAUCCGAUGCUGAAGAAGUUAUUAAACAGGCAAUAAAAGAGAAAGAAAAUUAUAAUAACCGAUCACAACAAAUACUGAAAAAGAGGGAAGAGCAGGCACAAGAACUUCUUCAGCAUUCACAACAAAUGCUUUAUGAUUCAGAACGACGUCUACAAGACGCCAUUGCUGACGGCAAUCGUCAGAUGCUUUGGAGUAUCACGCGAUUUUCCUGA